CGCUUCCUCCACAAGCACCGGGGUCUGUUCUGAAGAGAGGGAAUAGGAGCUGAGGUUGCGGAGGCUUUGAAGAAGUACAGCUCAGGCUGUAAUGCCAGAAGAAACAGUAUCUCAACAGCAGGCUGUCCACAGCCACCUGGAGAAGCCAUCAAGUACUGCGAUUCUGUGUAACACCUGUGGGAAUGUGUGCAAAGGAGAAGUUUUGCGAGUCCAGAACAAAUAUUUUCAUAUAAAAUGCUUUGUUUGUAAAGCUUGUGGCUGUGACUUGGCAGAAGGUGGUUUUUUUGUGAGACAGGGAGAAUACAUUUGUACCUUGGACUAUCAAAGACUUUAUGGUACUCGGUGCUUCAGCUGUGAUCAGUUCAUCGAGGGUGAAGUAGUUUCAGCAUUGGGGAAAACCUAUCACCCAGACUGUUUUGUGUGUGCUGUUUGUAGAUUGCCUUUUCCUCCUGGCGACCGGGUGACCUUUAAUGGGAAGGAAUGUAUCUGCCAAAAGUGUUCCCUGCCUCCAAGUACCAGUGGGAGCUCCUACCUACUCCAAGGACUCCGGAAUUGUGGAGGCUGUGGAGCAGAAAUCAAAAAUGGCCAAUCUCUAGUGGCUCUGGACAAACACUGGCAUUUGGGCUGCUUUAAAUGCAAGACUUGUGGAAAGCAACUGAAUGCAGAGUAUAUUAGCAAGGAUGGUGUCCCCUACUGUGAGGCUGACUAUCAUACUAAGUUUGGCAUUAGAUGCGAUAGCUGUGGAAAAUACAUUACAGGCAGAGUUUUGGAGGCAGGAGAAAAACACUAUCAUCCUUCUUGUGCAUUAUGUGUCAGAUGCAGCCAGAUGUUUGCAGAAGGCGAGGAAAUGUAUCUUCAAGGUACAUCCAUCUGGCAUCCAGCCUGUAGACAAGCAGCCAAAACUGAAGAAAAAAAUAAGGAAACAAGAACUUCCUCAGAGAGCAUAAUUUCUGUGCCUGCCUCAAAUACAUCAGGAUCUCCAAGUCGCGUGAUUUAUGCUAAGCUUGGAGAUGAGAUUCUUGACUACAGGGACUUGGCUGCUCUUCCUAAAAACAAGGCCAUCUAUAACAUCGACCGCCCAGAUAUGAUCUCCUACUCUCCAUACAUCAGUUACUCCUCAGGUGACAGGCAUAGUUAUGGAGAGUCACCCCAGUUGCUCUCUCCAACUCCUCCGGAGGGUGACCAAGACGAUCGAUCAUACAAGCAAUACAGGACCUCCAGUCCAAGCUCCACAGGAUCGGUCAGCUAUGGGCGUUAUACUCCAACCUCCCGCUCCCCUCAGCAUUACAGCAGACCAGCUGGUACUCUGAGUCUUGGUACCAGUAGCUGCAUCUCCCUGCCCCAACACCCAAGCCCUACAUCUAUGUUCAGACAUCAUUACAUCCCUUACUUCAAAGGCAGUGAAAGUGGCCGGAGCACUCCCAGUUUAUCCAUGUAUUCAGACAGCAAACCUUCACCUUCUACCUAUCAGCAGGCUCCUAGACAUUUCCAUGUACCAGACUCUGGAGUAAAAGAUAACAUCUAUAGGAAACCCCCCAUCUACAAACAGAAUGUGUCAAAGAAAUCAGAUGAAGAUGGAAAUUUUGAUCCAGAUAACCGGAAGCAAAAAACCAGUUGGUUGUUUCUCAAGGGGGAUGUGGACACCAGAACCAACUCACCUGACCUGGAUACACAGUCCCUAUCUCACAGUAGUGGGACAGAGAGAGACUCUCUUCAGAGAAUGCAAGGAGACUUCUAUUCACGAUUCCCAUAUAACAAAUCUGCUUCUCUCCCUGGAUAUGGAAAGAAUGGAUUCAACCGGAAUGCAAAUAUGGCCCAAUAUGAAGCAGACCAAGAUACCAGUUGGGGGAUGCGAGAAUACAAGAUCUAUCCCUAUGACAUGCUCAUCGUCACAAACCGAAUUCGGGUGAAAUUGCCCAAAGAUGUGGACAGGACCAGACUGGAGAGACACUUGUCCCCUGAAGAGUUCCAGGAAGUCUUUGGGAUGACCACGGAAGAAUUUGAUCGUCUGGCUCUUUGGAAAAGGAACGAAUUAAAGAAGAAGGCAUUGCUUUUCUAACCUUUCCCAGAGGGGGAAAAAUGUGCUUGUUCAGCAAAAACAAAACAAAAAACACAAUCUAAAGUAGUGUUCCAGAACUGUCAUACACACUUGCUGCUGCACCAUUCUCCUAUUUCCUUGUGUUCAUGUUGGGGGGAGUGAUCAAAGGAUGAGUUUAGCUCAUAGGAUUUUUGGAACAGAGGUCAUUCAGGAAUCUGGGGCUAUUAGGGAUUAGCCACUGAAUCUUCUCCCCAGCUGAUUAAGGGAGAAAAAAAAAGAAUGAAAGGAAGAAAAUAGCCUUAAGUCACCUCUUCCUUUGUAUAACUUAACAGGAAGGGGCUCUUUAAAGUGGAGGGAGAGGAUAAGGGAAGGGUGAAUCAUAGUUGUGGUGAGAGAAAUGAUAGCUCAUUUGUUGGCUUUUGAGAAAGUGUUUUAAAAUGGUAGAAGAAUGAGGAAGCCAUGGGUGCCACCUUAGAUAAUGGAAGACAAACUUUCCAACAUCAAAGGAAAUAGGAUUUUUAAUUAAGAUUCUAGGCUGAAGAAAGACAGAUUCAUGAAGGGGUUUCUUUUUAGGGGGAAAGAGGAAUUCCCCCUGAAAUUGUCAGAAAGUCUUUGAUCAGUUAUAUUUGGAGACAUUGAGCUAUGAUGGUUUGAAAGUGUCACACACACACACACACACACACACACAUACACACCUCUCAAUUGUAUCUUUAAUUAUACAAGAGUUUUUAUUUUAUUAAAAAAAAAGUCUAUUGACAUGACAGUUAUAGCAUACUAAACAACAAAAUGACCUAUAGAGCUUAAUUUUAAUGUCCCAUUCAACAGAAAUCCUGAAGCCUUAUACCUACUGGGUUCAUAGCUGCGUAGUUUCUGUCAUUGCAGUGUUGCUAACCUAUACCUAUAUAAAUAUAUAUAAAUAUACAUAUAUAUUAUAUAUAAUUUUUCUACACUUCCCCCAGGUGAUGUGAAUGGCAUCCCCCUAUAAAAGAAUGCUAUUUGUACAUACGUGUUAUUAAGACACCACUUUUUCCUCUCCUUCUCUGGCUUCAUCUUGUGAGCCUUAUAAAAAUACUUUAGUCUUCUGACAGCAAAAGCUUGGAACUGUAGGAGCUCAGCAAAUAAAUAAAUAAAUAAAUAGACUAGAAAGCCUAGCUCUCCCUGUGGACAAAUCAAAAACAAAAACAAAAACAAAAACAAAACAGGCUGAAUACCUGCAUGUUCCUGGACAAACUGGAUGCCUGCGUAAUCACAGUGUACAGUGGGGAGAUAGGACACUUAGCUUUUGCAAGGCAAAAUUAUUAAAAUGCUUCAUAGGUGUUGGAUGCAUUGGAUGCAAGCGUUAGGUUCCUGAUACAAUGAAGACUAUGAAAUUGCUAACAUCAUUGGGAAGAAGUCCAGGGUGAUGAGAGGGUUGGAAAUACAGCAAAUCAAUAGUUUUAUGUAAUUCUAAAAAUGCAUUAUCCAAAGUAUAUUUUCCAGUUCUCUGUUGUGGUCUGCAUUUUUUCUUGUUCGGAAUGUCUAUGUUCCUAGUCUAAAUUCACUCUAUAUCUUUUGGCAGUUCCUUAAAGUAACUGCUCACAAUGUGCACUGCUUCAAACUAAUUCAACAUAUCCAGGGAUGGAGCCUUGUGGUGUUCAACUUUAUGUCUUUGAAUUAGCUGGUGAGAACAGAGUGGUCAGAAAGGAGCUAUUUUUUUCCUCAGCUCAGAGCUCUGCCUGAUCCUACAGACACCUGGGAAAAUAAAGUCAUUUUGCUCAACAAAGUAAAAAGCGUUGUUAUAUAAAUGCGUGUAAUUUUAAAGGAUAUGGGUCUGCUUCAUUGGAUUCAUAACCCCUCUGUUAAGGUUCCUAUGGGAAGAGCAGGAGUCUUGCUUACCCACUGGUCAAGGAUACAAACUAAUGUAAACCAAUUUAGUUUAACCAGUUCUAUCCAAUAAACAUAUAUAUCCAAGGUCCGGAGCUUAAAAUCUAGUCAGAAAAUCAAGUUAGCAAAUGCUGCCUUUCCUGCUACCUGUAUAUAUGGUCUCCCAGGUUUUGCCAGCCUUGCUGGGUAUUUCUAGUCUGUGCACUUUCCAGCUUCCAUUUAUGAAUGAGAGACAAUAUGGUGGACAAAGAAAUGGGAUUGAAAAUCAAGAGACUUGGGGAGACCCAGUAAUAACUUUUGUCAGCUAUUGACAGCUGUGUGGUGGACUUAAACAAGUUACCUCCUUCCUGUAGACCUUGGUUUCUCCAUCUGUAAAAUGAGAGGAUUGGGGAAAAAAUUUCUUAAGAUCCCCUUCGAAUUCAACAUUUUAUAUUUGAAGAUACCCUCCAGUUCUAAUAUUCUAUGUUCUAAGGCCCCUCCCAACUAACAUUUUUAUAUUCCAAAUGUCAUUACAACUUUCACAAUUUAUGUUUUAAGGUCUCUUCCAAUUUUAACAAUCUAUAUUUUAAUAGCUAUUCCAAAUUUAAUAUUCUAUGUCCUAAGAUCCCUUCAACUCUCAGUCUAUGUUCCAAGAGUUCUUCCAGCUCUAAUGUUCUACGAUUCUGUUCUAAGUCUUACAACUUCUAAUGACUAUUUCAGUAGUAUUGAAUAUAAAAUUCAAGAGAUUUUUUUUAAAGCAUCCCUAUAAAAUACUUUCCUAUGCUGAUGGGAAAACCUUAACCAAAUUUGCUGGGCUGCCACAUCUUCAAAAUCUUCCCAAUUUCCUGACAUCCCAUGAAUAAUUAAAAAAAAAAAAAAACCUUUCCUUUUCCCUGUUCCGAUCUGUGUCAGAGUGCAUAUGGUCUCAUGGACUUUUCCAGGAGUUGCUUCUUAGCCCAUUUCACAGCAUGGACACAAAUCUUGGGAGUCUCUUGACUCCAAAGCAAAUGUUCUUUUCAUUAUACCAUAUUGAGAGCCCUUCAGCAACAAGACUUAAACUUAUAUGUAUUUGUUCACCAAAUGUUUAUUGAACUACUGUAUGCAAGGCAGCAUGACAUAGGUUGGGCAUGAUAUCAAGAAUAAUAGGUCAAGUCUGAACUCUAACAUAUACUGGCUUUGUGACCCUGGGCAAAUUACUUAGCUAUCGUGUGUUCUAGGCAAUUCUUUCUCCAAUCCAAUCCUCUCUCUUUUUUUAAUUGUUUCAAAGUUAAUUUUUAUUUUCAAAAUUGUUUCUGUCCCUUCCAUUUCCCUUCCUUCACUGAGAAAAUAAGAAAACAAAACCAUUGUUAGAAACAUGCAUAGUCAAGCAAAACAAAUUCUCACAUUAAUAAAUGAUGUAUAUGGAUACAUCUUUAUAUACACCAUAGUUAUAAACAUAAAUGUUUCAAUCUGUAUUCUGAAUUCAUCAUCUCCCUCCCAAGAGGUAAGCAGCCUAUUUUAUCAUAUACCUCUGGUCACUGUGUUGUUCAGAGUUCUCAAGUCUUUCUAAGUUGUUUAAUUUUACAACAUUAUUUUUCCUAUAUGAAUUAUCCUUCUGGCUCUGUUCACUCUGCAUCAGUUCAGAGAAGUCUUCCAAAGUUUCUCGGGAACUGCCCCCUUCAUGAUUUCUUACAGAAUAAUAGUAUUACUAGGACACUCUUUAAAGACUCUAAAUUCUAUAGAAGAUGCCAACGGGUAGUUUCCUAAUGAAAUUACAGUUCCAGUUCUUGAUUCUAACCUUCUCCACUUUUAUUAUGUGCUAACAUAAUGGGGAUUCAAAGACAAAAAGAAAACAGACCCUAUCAUCACAGAAUUUGCAUUCUUUUAGGGGGAAGUUACUUGUAAUCAGUUAAAUCAAUGUAAUGUAUAAAACUAUUUUGGGGGGAAGGAAAAUUGAGAAAAGUAAGAAUUUAUCUUAAAGGAAGCUAGAAAAUACAAGAAGUGGAUAUGAGGAAAGCAUGUUUUUUCUGGCAUAAAGGAUAGUCUGUGCUGAUCAGUUCCAAUGAUCUUGUGAUGAAGAAAGUCAUCUACACCCAGAGAGGGAACUGUGGAAACUGAGUGUGGAUCACAACAGAGCAUUUUCACUCUUUUUGUUGUUGUUUGCAUUUUAUUUUCUUUCUCAUUUUUUUCCCUUUUUAAUCUGAUUUUUUUUUCUGCAGCCAGAUAAUUGUAUAAAUAUGUAUGUAAAUGUUGGAUUUAACAUAUUUUUUUUACCAUGUUUAACAUAAAAAAUUUACUACUAAAAAAAAAAAAUAGCCUGUGCAGAGGCAAAGACAUGGGUAAAUAGGCUAUUGGGAAGUAUAUGGGAGAAAGCAUGUAUACCAAUACAUUGGCGCAUACAAAAGGUUUCUCAGAGCAUUUGGACCCUCAUCAGAUUCUAACCCAAAUUUCAAAUGUUAAUUCUAAGGUAUGUUAAUCAGUUGGAAAUCUUGACAUAGAAAAAUCAAUUAGUGUUUGAUGAAGCACUUAAUUCUGGGCAUGGAAGUAGGAAGAGCUAUACAAAGCAAAUUGAGAGUCCUGCCCUACCCUCAAAGAUCUUAGAAACAUGACACAUGCAUUAUGACUCUUCUAAAAUGCCAAACUGGAUACAUGCAUAACCAGCCACUAACUAUAGUCAGAACAGAAAACUAGAUAAGGUAAGGGUUGGAUUAUACAGUCUUCAAAGUCAUUUUCAUCUCUACAAUCCUAUGGUUCCAUGUUCAUUUCUAUAAUCUAUUAUUUACCCAACUAAUUUGUUGAAUCAUAGACUUUGAACAUAAAAUGCCAGAGCUAGAAUAAACAGUAUAAGCCAUCUAAUCUAUUUCGUCCAUUUUACUAUCAGGAGAAACUAAGGUCCAAGGAGUGAGAUGCAAAUUAUGACAGGUAUAUAAGCCCCUUCUUGGUGUCAUGGCUGGCUCAUGACUUGCUCUGUAUUUCUCUUCCAACCUCCACCUCCAAUAAUAAACACAACUUGAGUUCUGCCAACCUAUCAUCUAUGUGACUUUGGGCAAGUGAUGUUGACUCUCUAGCCUCAGUUUCUUCAUUUGUAAAAUGAGAGGAGUGGGUCUCCACUAAUUCUGGACCAUAGAGUUAGUAACAGAGCUAGAAUUCAAACCUAGUUUCUUGACUUUUAACCUAAUUCUUCCUUCUAUUACCUACAAGUAAGGGCUAUUUUGGGGAAAAGUGAUGAAAUCAGGUUAGUUUUCAGCACAACCAACCACCCAUAUCUGGCCUCGUUUUUCCUUUCCGCAGUGUCUGAUCUUUUCAGUACCCAGUCUCCUGCAGAGAAAAACUUCUGUUUUUAGCCAAGAAACAGAUCUGUGCCAUUCUCAAGUUAUCGUGAUAAGUUUAAAUCACUUUAAAUCCUUCCUACAAACACUCUGGCAAUUUGUAUUUUAAACCCUAGCUUUCACUGUGGAAUGAAAGACUGAAUCUGUUAUCUCAAUCAGGGAGGAAAAGUAAAGGAGCUGUGGGGCCAGGAAGGAAGCAGUCACUCCCAAAAACUCUAAUGAGGUCAUUGGUCUUUCUCUUACUCUGAGGCUACCUGAAAUAGGAGAUAAAAAAAAAAAAAAGAA